AUGGCAGCCUCACAACUAGCAGCACUGGGAGAAGAGCCCGGGGCUGAAGUGCCCACGCUCAGCCAGGCCAGCCACAGCUUCCUGUAUUCUGAGGGCCAGCGGCUGGCGCUCGAGGCUCUGCUAAGCAGGGGCACCGAGGCUUUCCAUGCCUGCGUGCAGCAGGAGGGGCUGCGGCCCUUCCUGAGCAGGGAUGAGGUCCAGGGCCUGGCUGUGGCUGCCAGAGACUGGACAGUAGAUGGACAGGAGCCCAGCGGGCUAGUGCAAGCAGCAGCUACCAGCCCUGAUGGGGAUGGGGACAGCCUGACCUACUGGCCUGCGCAGUCGGAGGAGCCUGCUCCUGAGCUGCGGCUGGGCUGGCCGGAGGACACAGCCUGGAAAGGCAUCACAAGGGCGCAGCUGUACACGCAGCCCCCUGGCGAGGGCCACCCACCCAUCAAGGAGCUGGUGAGAGUCCAGAUCCAGGCCGCCAAUAAGCUGGUGGCUGUAGUCAUGGAUGCCUUCACUGACCCAGACCUGCUGAUGGAUUUGGUGGACGCUGCCACGCGCCGCUGGGUCCCCGUCUACGUGCUCCUGGAUCACCAGCAGCUCCCCAGCUUCCUGGCACUGGCUCAGCAGCUGGGUAUAAACCUCUGGACCACGGAGAAUCUGGACAUCCGUCUGGUGCGAGGCUGCACCUUCCAGAGCCGCUGGAGGCGGCAGGUGAGCGGCAGUGUGCGAGAGAAAUUUGUACUCCUGGAUGGUGACAAGGUCAUCUCAGGAUCCUACAGCUUCACAUGGAGCGAUGCCCGCCUGCACCGAGGCCUAGUGACCCUGCUGACUGGGGAAAUUGCUGAUGCCUUCAGCCAUGAGUUCAGGACACUGUACGCUGCCUCCUGCCCCCUCCCACCGGCGCCAGCCCGGGCCUCCCUGAACAGUGUCCCUGGAGACCUACACCUGCCCCGGAGCCCGCACCGUGUGGCCCAGCGCUGCCCCGUAGCUCCUGUGUCCCCGCUGCCACCGGAGGAAUCCCUGAGCCGCCGGCUGGCUGCCUGCCGUGUCCUGGACGGGGACAGGCGGGAGCCCCCUGCACCUGCGCCCGCACUCAGUGACAUCCUGAGGAGCGUGCAGCGUGCCCGGCCAGCCAGUGGCCCCCCGGCCCGACCCAGCCGCUCCCUGUGGGACCUGAGCCGUCUGUCCCAGCUGUCUGGCUCCAGCGAUGGGGACAAUGAGCUCAAGAAAUCCUGGGGCUCCAAAGACACCCCAGCCAGGGCCCUGAUGAGGCAGCGGGGUGCAGGAGGGGGUGUGUGGGGUGAGGUGGAGGCCCGCCCGCUGGCCUGUUCGCAGCCCUGGGGCUGCCCCCUGCCCCCAGCCCUCCGCCGCCUGCGUUAUCUGUCCCCUGCCCAAAGGAGGCUGGGUGAAGGGGCCCCGCAGCCCGACUGGAGCCCUCACAUAGGACUUGGGGGACAACACUGA